AUGCUGAUGCUCGUUCCACCAGAGAUUCACCUCCCGGCCUGGUUGGCCUGCACCGAUUCCAUUGCGGCCAAAGUAGCUAGUUGUGACCGACCAUUUGAUGGACCAGGAACCCGGUUGGCGGUCCCACUUCAGGUACCGAUUUGGUAUGCGGCACUAGGGGCCGGAAACCAAUCUGAUUUACGUGACAAAUAA